CCCUUCAACAGCAGUCGAGAACGAUGGAGAGAAUAUCUCCCACUUUUAUCUGCUAUAACCAGAUUGAUGGCUGAAAAGGUGUCCGUCAAGUCAUGAAACGCAGCCAAACAGCUUUUUCCCCUCCCAGCAAAAAUACAUCAUCCAGGUAGGCCAGUACGCGUACUUGAGAGUGGGAGUUUUGAAUCUUAAUUAUUUAUGACUGGAUUAAUAGCAGUGGCAAAGAAGAACAGGACUCAGAGUUAAAGUGCUAAAGUUAAUAUUAACAAGCUGAGAGGUCGCCAGAGCGGAGACGUGUGUUGCAGUAGAGUUUUAAUAGAUCGUUUGAGAAUUGCAACGUCUCGUGACAUAUCUAUAGUUGAAGUUGCGCAGUAGACUAGACCCACAAAUUCGGUGAGUGUAUUGUGCCUAGGUCGAGUUUUGCGUGUCGAGGAAGUCUACGAGGCUUUAGGAACGGCAGUUACAGCGAUCACAGAGUAUGUCUGAGCUGGGAGAUGCCAUAGCGACGUCGGGAAGCGACAGCGUUGCAGAGCAGGCGGCGUGACUGAACUAUUGCGAGGAAACGUGGAAAGGGAUGAGUUGGCAAGGAGAUAGUGAGGAACGAGAUCGGCGGCAAGACAUCCAGUUUUCUCAGUUGAUACAAGUUCUUUCUUUGUCAGAAAGAAGUUCCUAGUCAGUGGAGCAGCCACAGGGCGGAGGAAAUCUACACGCGGAAGUGCAUGAAUUUCUCACGGAACCUGUCGAAGCGUCAAGAAUGUCGGCACGCGAGGAUGAACAAGUGGGAAUGCCUCAUGAACAAAGUCUAGUGGAAGAAGGAUCUGAAGGACAAAAGCGUGAGUUCAGUGUUGGUGGUGAGUGGACAAGCCAGGUAGAGGAGGACAGAAAAAGCAUUUCUCGAGACGGUCCGUGAGAAUUGCUGGAGUUCAGUGAGUGGGAUACAAGUUGUGCAGACGCCAGCUGCUGUCGUUAGGCGUGAUCCCAAAUACCGCAAAUUGCAAGAUGCUGAUGAUGUAGAACAUAAUCUGGCCGCGCUUGAGCGGUUUGCAACUACCUAUCAUGUAUCUAACGAAGCUUGGGGAAAGCGGGUGGCACCCUGCCCUGCUGACUGAAAAAACACAGGCUGCUUACGCGUGUAUGAAUUUGGAGAAGAUUGGUAAUUACGACGAAUUGAAGAAGGCCAUUCUUCGUCGUUAUGACAUUACGAAGAGACAUACAGGCAACGUUUCAUGAGCUACCAAAAACUGCCAGAAGAGAGUUAUGUCGAAUCGGGCAUCAAAUUGAAAGAUUUGUUCACCAAAUGGAUUCAACCUGGAGCAAAGGCAAAGAAAGAGGUGUGUGAGGUUAUAAUACUGGAGCAGUUGCUGGACGACAUUCCUCCCGAGUUAAAGGUUUGGAUGAAAAAAAAAGAUCAGAAGACAUUGAAAAAAGCAUCUGAGAUGGCAGACAACUACGUAGCUGCCGAAAAGGGCAACAAGGCUAGGAGAGUUUGCACUAACUGUGGCAAAGCAGGGCAUAUAGCUAGAUUCUCUCGUGUAUCGAAAGCAAAGACGGAUCAGGAAACAGGUGGUGAGAAAGAAGAAGUGACAGAGGCAAAGACUGUGUCUGGAAAGAGCAAGAAAAUCACGUGUUUCUCUUGUGGAGAGAUAGGUCAUUAUGCUUCUAAGUACCCUCAGAAAUUGAAGACAGACAAAAGUUCUAAGAUUGAAAAGAAAGACUCUCUUUUUGCUCACUCAAGGAAGGCAAGCUACCGACUUUGCGAAAACCCAAGAAAAUGGGCGGAGCCAAUUCUUUCGUAGUUCGAGGUGAUGUAGCCGGUUGGCCUGUUUCUAUUUUAUUUAAUACGGGUUGCACACAUACUACCUUGGUGAGGAGUGACUUUGUAAGUAGCAGCAAAAUCAACCGCCGAUCCCAAGUUCAAGUUAGCUGUUGUCAUGGUGACGUGGGAUUAUAUCCUACAGCCAACGUACGAGUGACCAUUGAUGGAAAGAUUCAUCAUGUAAAGACGGGGGUUAUGGCACAUCUGCCACAGCCAGUACUACUAGGCCAGAAUGUGUCAAUAUUACAUAAGUUGGUUCAAGAUAAAGUUAGACUCUGACGAGAACAAGAAGAAAAGGCCAAGCAAGAGAACAAACGAAUGGUCAACAGUCAGGAAGAAGUGCUAGUCGUAUAGUGUCAGAUGACGAGUUUCAGAGACUAGUUAUCGGUUUGGAUGAUAAAGUAUUCCAAGCCGGCGGAAAGGUCAGAAAGAAUCGUAAACAGAGGCAGUUAGCCAAGAGAAGGUUUACUUUGUUUGCGGAUCAAGCCGAUAGUGAUACCCAAGCAGUCGAGCUUGAGUCGAGUGUGGGAGCAUGGAAGACCAGCUCAGGGAAAGCUCAAGUCUCCAUUGACGAUUUAGUACAAGAAUCGGAAUCUGGUAAAGGAGAUGCAAGUGAUGAUGGUGAGGGUCGUCCUAGUAUUGUAGACACCAAGAAGCUCAAGCAUCUACAGGCUAACGAUCCAGCUCUCUCAAGGAUCAGAGAGCAGGCUGAGAGUGACAAGGGAGAUUGUGUCUGGCAGGAUGGCGUACUGUAUCGCCGGUGAAAUCUUAUGGGAAGCAAGGGAGUAGACGAUAUGGUGGUAAAUAAAUUAGUUCUUCCAUUUCAGUGUCGGAAGUUACUGAUGACGUUAGCAUGUAUUAUUCCAGCCUCGGGUAACCUGGGACGCAGGAAAACUUUGAGUCGCAUUCAACAACGGUUCUUCUGGCCAGCAAUAUCUCAUGAUGUUACAGAGUACUGCUGGUGCUGUCCAGCAUGUCAGAAGUCGGUGAGUCGAAAAGCCAGGGACAAGGCAC